CGCAAAGUUCACGGGCCACGAUCUUGUCGGCUUGUCGCCAUGGAGUCAGAAGCCUUCCACGUCCGGACACUGUUCUACCAAGGGAGCUACACGUCCUGCGUUCAAACGGCAGAAGCCGCGCCAUCCGCAUCAAGCAAGUACUAUGCUGCUCGAGCGCUCAUUGCUCUCGGCCAGCCUCAGAAAGCCCAUGUGAUGCUUCAGGGCGACUCGUCGGCUUCUGCCAAAGCUAUCAAGACGCUCGCGGGCUACACGGGCAAACGCAUAGACGGUGCAACAGCUAUUGCUACCCUUGAGGAACUCGUCGACAGCUCAGAUCCAGAGAGCGAAUGUCUUUGUCGAGCUAUCUCGGGCACCCUCCUUAGUGCCGAGGGCGAGACGAACGAGGCUCUCAUUGUUCUAGCAGCGGGUGCAGAUGCCAAAGAUCAAGAAUGCAUUGCACUUCAAGUACAGAUCCUACUCCAUAUGGACCGUGUCGAUCUUGCACGCAAAGUCUACGAAGCUAGCAAGCUUUGGGCGGAAGACUCGCUGCUCAUCCAACUCUGCGAGGCCUGGAUAGGCCUGCGCACCGGCGGCGAAGCCAAUCAAGCUGCAUAUUACGUGUACGAUGAGAUCGCACAGCUACCUUCGGCCAACAACGUAGCUGUACUGAACGGCAAAGCCAUCGCGCAGGCCGCGAUGGGUCAUCUGCCCGAAGCAGAGUCCGGUCUCAUCGAGGCGACUCAGCUCGACGCGCGACAUGGCACUACUAUAGCCAACACGGCAGCGCUGGCAGCCUUAGCAGGAAGAGCUGCCGCAUCUGACGAAGCCUUUGCACAGCUGGCAAGCGUUGCACCCCAGCAUCCGCUCGUCAUUGACCUUGCGCACAAGUCGGCGCUUUUCGAUGAGUAUGCGUCGCGAUAUAGUGUGGCUGCUUGAGCAAUGCAUAGGCAUGACAACAACAUUUACAGCUCAUCAACGAGAUCUCUUGCUGUCAUAACUGCAGACUGAAGGAUGCUGGAUUGCUCUGCGUUGAGCAGGCCGU